GUAAAUUAUUCUACUCCUAAACAAACGUUAUUAUUCUUUCAGGUUGUGAACUCCAGGGGUGUUAUUGGAAGCUUAGACGAACAACAAGAAGAAUGUUCUGCCUGCGUAAAAGGCUCCUGCAGGAGCGUGAAUGGAAUCUAUACGCGACCGGAUUUGCCGCCUGGUUAUUCGCUAGUGGCGCAAAUUCCUGCGGGAGCCUGCAGAAUUCUCGUGCAACAACUCAAGCAUACUAGAAACUUUAUCGCGCUAAAAAACAGCAACGGCUCAUUCAUCGUUAAUGGGGAUUGGAAGUUAAGCAACAGCCGAGUGUUUCAAGGAGCUGGAACAAAGUUUGUUUACAUCCGGCAGGACGAGAAUUCUCUGGAAACGUUAACAUCGCCAGGACCUUUGGCAAACACCGUAGAUAUAAUGAUUGUAAACUAUCAAGCCAAUCCUGGAAUAAAAUAUGGCUAUUCUCUUCCAAUUUCCGAAAUUGCUCCACCACUACUGAAGCGAAAUAGCAACGAACCGACCGCACUCGAAUCGAAACAGCCAAGUAUUCCAUUUAACACAUCAAUUAGCCAAAGAGACGAAGCCAGGCCGCCUCUACCGGUACCAGGAAUUAGAAGAACUAGAUUAAGAAGAAAGCACUACCAUUGGAAAAUUACCGGACGAACCGCCUGUUCCAAAUCAUGCGGAGGAGGUCUUCAAACUUACGUCAAAACAUGUACCCGAGAAGUUGGAAAUUCCAAGAUACCAGUGCCAGACAGAAGAUGCGCCCAUCUUCACUCUCCAACUCCAGCACCUAUCCGUUGUAAUACUGCUCCUUGUCCUCCUUCUUGGGAAUAUCAUUGGAGUCAAUGCAGUGUUUCAUGCGGUGAAGGCGUUCAACAAUAUAUACCUCAGUGUAAGCAAGAAUCGCAAGUGCUGGCCGAAGUAUUAUGUAGUUCACCAAAGCCACCCAUACAAACGAAGCCUUGCAAAGAAAUAUUCUGUGAAAAUCCCAGUGACAAUGAGUUACCACAGCGAUUUGAUCAGCCUAGAGAUUUUGAGUGGCAAACUGGCCCAUGGUCUGCGUGUUCAGUAUCAUGUGGUACAGGCCACCGAACAAGAUCGGUAACUUGUCCGUCCGCAAGUUGUAGACCAGAUGACAGACCAUCUCAUGCGGAAUAUUGUGAUAUGGAAUCUUGCACACCGAAAGAAUUAGCUUUCCAUUCUGGCGCUUCAACAAGUUCUAGAAGUAUUUCUCCUUGGUUAACCACUGAUUGGUCUCAGUGUUCAGAAGCUUGCGGUACCGGCACACAAACUCGAUCAACAUUAUGCGCACUUCCAGACAAAGACAGUUGUCCAACGGAUGCGAAGCCCGAACUUUCCAGAGCUUGUUCGAGCGAUAAACAGUGUGAUGGACAAUGGUUUUCCGGACCAUGGAGUUCGUGUUCAGAUACAUGUUCCGGUCCAGGCAAGCAAAAACGUGAGGUAUACUGCCUCAUUAAAAUUCGUGGAAUGGCUCACGUGGCCAAUGACAUCACUUGUCCCGGCCACCUCAAACCAAUAGAAGAACAACCUUGCGAAGGUAUUUGUCCACCGCGUUGGUUCAUUGGUGAUUGGAGACAAUGCGAGGGUACUUGUCCCAGUAGCAUUCAAAGACGAGAGAUCAAAUGUUUGGACCAGUAUGGGCGAGAAGUUGUUGGAGGAUGUCCUGAAAAUGAUACCCCAGCAGGAAAAAGGACGUGUCCAUGUGAGGCGGACAGCAAACGAAGAUACAAGCCUGUCCAAGAUGAACCAGCUGACAGAUACUGUGUAGACAAAAUACACAAAUGCAAGUUAGCUGUACAAGCAAGACUCUGUCAUUAUCCUUACUAUGUAACCCACUGUUGUGAAUCCUGUAGAAGGUCCUUGGAACCAGUAGAGUAA